CAAAUGCUGCAGGAAACCCACAGACGCUUUAUGGCGUCUUUGUGCUCAGAUUGGCAGCUUCUUGCCCCCCUCCCAUUCCCUUUCAUUCAUUACCCUACCUUCUCAACCCCCCCCCCCCUAACAUUUUAGGGGCUGGAGUGGAGGUGGAAGGAGGCGGGGGGGGGGGCACGGUGCAAUAAAGAGAAACCACUGCAGACAACUCAAGUCAGACCUUGCAGCGGCGAGCGGCUGAGCCCCGGAGCCCGGGCCUGCGCGCGCCGGGUAGGGCGCGGGCUGGGAGCAGGGGGGCGUGGGGAGCGGUCGGUGCCCGGAGGAGGGGCGGCGGCGGCGGCGGCGGCGGGAGCUGCAGCUGCUGCAGUGUCCGCUCUGGAGGGCGAGAGAGAGACAGAGGCAGGAGACUGCGCAGCCCCGAAGAGGCCGUGCCCGUGCCCGUGCCCGCGCCCGCCACGGCAGAACUGCGGCAAACACCCAGGAUCAUCUUUGUCAUUGUUCAAGACUCUUCCUCUAUCCCAUAGUUGUGAAAGGUAUAAGGACCAUACUUGUCUCACUGAAGGACUUUGAUACAACUCUGAAACAUUGUACCUAAAUAGAAUUGGCUUGGUGGACAGUGCUGGACUUGGAGUCAGGAAGGCCUGGGUUCGAACCUUGCCUCUGACACUUCCUAGCUGUGUGACCAUGGGUGGCUCAGCGAUGACUAUGGCAAGAUACAGGCCUACGUGGGACUUGGCCCUGGAUCCCUUGGUGUCUUGUAAACUCUGUCUUGGGGAAUAUCCUUUGGAGCAGAUGACAACAAUAGCCCAGUGCCAAUGCAUCUUCUGUACCCUGUGCCUGAAACAGUAUGUUGAGCUGUUGAUCAAAGAAGGACUAGAAACUGCGAUUAGCUGCCCAGAUGCAGCUUGCCCAAAACGAGGUCAUCUGCAAGAGAAUGAGAUUGAAUGUAUGGUUGCAUCUGAAAUUAUGCAAAGAUAUAAAAAGCUGCAGUUUGAAAGAGAAGUACUGCUGGAUCCCUGCCGGACAUGGUGCCCAUCUUCUUCUUGCCAGGCUGUUUGCCAGCUUCAAGAUAUGGGGCCGCAAACGCCACAGCUGGUGCAGUGUAAGGCAUGCAACAUGGAAUUCUGUUCUUCUUGCAAAGCCAAUUGGCAUCCUGGGCAAGGCUGCCAAGAAACAAUGCCAGUCACCUUCCUCCCCGGAGAAACAAGCUCAUCUUUCAAAAUAGACGAGGAAGACGCACCAAUCAAACGCUGCCCAAAGUGCCGAGUGUACAUUGAACGGGAUGAAGGCUGUGCCCAAAUGAUGUGCAAAAACUGCAAACAUGCAUUCUGCUGGUACUGCCUGGAGUCCUUAGAUGAUGACUUCCUCUUAAUACAUUAUGAUAAAGGACCUUGUCGGAACAAGCUUGGUCACUCCAGAGCAUCUGUAAUCUGGCAUAGAACGCAGGUGGUGGGCAUUUUCGCUGGCUUUGGCCUUUUGCUGUUAGUGGCCUCCCCUUUCCUGUUACUGGCGACACCCUUUGUCCUUUGCUGCAAAUGCAAGUGUCAUAAAGGUGAUGAUGAUCCCCUACCGACCUAGACCCAGGGAAGACUGGACUGAUGCCUUUGGGGAAACAUGGUUCUCUCCUCCUCCCACUCCCUCCCCUGCCCUCACACUCCCCAUUGUUACAGCCUCACGUGCCCCAUCCUGCUUCCCAGCGACACAUGGUGCCAUGAUUCUGGGGACUGAUGUCAAGGCAGUUGCAAAGGCCCACUUACAGAGGUUCAGCAGGAAUGUGGAAGAUGAGUCAGGCAUGGAGUGUCUGUUGUACAGGGAGAAACAUGUCAGCGGAUUUUCAAAGGGAGACGCAGCCGGUAAAAUAUGUGAUAACUUUGUAUGUCCAGAGACUAUGGGGAGGGAGGCCAAACAUGGCAGAUCCAUAGCCUAAAAGACAUUCAAUCACAAAGCAUUGUCCCAAUCGGCAUCAAGAUGGAAUCCUCCUCUGUAGAGAAGGGAUUUGAGAAUCACUUGCCACUUCAAACAGAAUCAGUGUGAGCAGAUUUUGGAGACCUCUGUUGAUGACACUCCAUUUUAUAGUUGGCAUUGCCAAAUCCUUCUCAGUAGGAGUCUUUUUUUUUCAUCUGGAUAGUAGAAAUUGACCGGCUGCCUAGAAACCAUUGCAGGCCCUUUUUGAAGGUGGAGGGGGGGAAGAGGAUCGUGUGGGAGGAGAGGAAAAUUGCUGCCUCAAGACUUGUCCAGCUUUGCUGCAUUUUGAAGCAUUUAGAAGGUCUCAUGUGCUUUGUCUUGUUCUGAUGUCUUUUGAAAAGCUGUUAGUUGGAGUAGGGAGGGACGCAAACCUCCCCCAUGGAUGUUCUUUGUGAAAAUUACUGCCAUGUUUGAAAGAGCAUCCUUGUCAGUCUUUCUGAAUUUAUAUGGCUGUUUCAGGAUGCACCCCACACAUAGGGCUCAUAAUUUCUUACACAGGUAUCAGGAUUCUUUUUAUGUCUCUAAACCAAAUGUGUAAAUAGUUCAGUUCAGAAUCGCUAGGGUUUAAGAAACCUGAAGCUGCUUGCUUCUGUCUUAUUAAACAAGGAGAAAGAACAGUGCAGUAUUACUGUCUCAUUAGCUACCUGCAGACUCACUCAUAGCCCAGCAGGGAUAUCUCCUUUAGAAAGCAAGAAAGUUCUCCUCUUUGUGAAACUAGAAGAGUUCCUGGAAUUUGUAUUUCACUUUCAAAAAGUUAUUUAGCUAUUUUAAAAAAUUACUUUCUUGUCCCAGUGCUAUUCGUAAUGCCACUAUGACCCACAUCCCCCCACAAGAGUCAUUCAAUUCACUGUCUUUUGGGGUUUGGUUAUGUUGUCAACUCUGGUGCUUUGUGAUGGUUUCCAGGAUUCAGAAGCUACCUGGAGGCCAAUAGCACACAAUCAACCAUAAAAUGCAAAUUACUCUGCCUAUGAGCUUCAAGAAGAACAGAAAUUGUGCACUUUGAAAGUGGUUUGUGAUAAAAUGGGCUAAGAGCUACAAAUGUUUUAUGAAGGCAGACUGACUGCUCUGCUUAUGUCACAUAAAUAUAAUAGGUCCUGUUACCAUGAGGCUGGUUCUCAAUACCAUGCUACGUUCCCUGUCGCUUAUGUGAUCUACUGUCCAUGUAAAAAAAAAAUUAAACCAUAGCUUUUAUUAGAGAUAUUUUUCUUCUUCUUUAGAACUCGAUGGACAAGAAACAAUCUUCCAGAUAGAUUUAAGCAAAAAAAUCCCCGCUUAGGAUCAGAGUUGGCAAGAGCUUUCUAGAUCAUUUGAACAAAUCCCUUCAUUUUUCAAAGGAGGAGCUGGGCCAAGAGAAGGGCUGUGACUUGAACAAAGUCAGUUGAGCAGUAGUUAGCAGAGCCAGGGUUGGGAUCAUGGGGACCUAAGUCCCCAACACUAGAGAGGGAAAAGUGUGACUUUUCCCAGUCAUUUCUGUCAGUUUUUCAUUUUGAACUAUUUGAAUAUUUAUCUCACUUCUCGACUUGCCUUUCUGAGGGUAGAAAUUUUACCCAAGUUGAAAAUAGGGCACCAUUCUGUUUCCUGCCACAUUUCACCCAUAGAGAAUUACAAAAUAAAUUUUUUCUCUUUCACUCCUGUUCAAGUUUACUAGGGGAACUAAGUCUAUUUUGAGAGCUAGUUGAUAUCCAAUUUACAUUAUUUUUUACUUCCCCUCCAAGUGAUUAUUUAAAGUUUACCAUUGAUUAAAUAAUAAAGCCCUUGAGAUAAACCCACUGAAGACUGAGACUCAAACUGUGGGUGUGUUGUGCAUGGUUGUCAAGGAGGCCCCUGGGUAGAGUUCUUUGAUAAAUGGAAAAAGGGGAUUAAAAAAUCAUCUUGGAGAGCAUUAUGUAAGAAGUAACUACUGACAUAAAUGCUAGGGACCUCAGCAGAGACUCCAGGAAUUAAAUAAUCUAGAAGAAUCAUCAGCAAACUACCACACAAUGCAUGGCCGAUGGCCAGCUUUCCAUCACAUUUGGGCUGAUCGCAAGGCCUAUGCCCUUCUCCCUACUGCUUACAACAGCCCCUGCUCAUGUCAAUAAUUACAAUCAUUAAUACUGUUCCUAUCCUUCCAGUGUUAGCAUACAUGUACUCUGAUCCUGGCUCAUCAAGCUUAGGUUUUAGCACUUAGGAAUUUUAGGAUCUUAGAAUAAGAUUCACAGCAGUGACCUUUCAGGUCAUCUAAUUUAAUCCUUAUCCAGUAGAAGAGUCUCCCUCUGUUGUAUUCCUAAUGAUUGGUCAUUCAGCCUUUGCUUGAACACUUCCAAUGUCAAGGAACCUACUGUCUCAACAAGGCAAUCCAUUCUGUUCAUGGAACAAUUUCAUUGUAAGAAAAUUCAUCCUCAUGCUAAAGGAUUUUACAUAACAUAACAUAAUUUAUAUCAUAACAUUUUCAAAAUGAUUUAUAGCUGCAAAGGUGAAGCCUCGGAUGAAUUUUAUUCUUUGAUCAUUACAACUCUCUGAGGUAAGUAGUGUAUUAUUAGCCUUGUUUUGCAAAUGAGGAAACAGAGGCUUAGAGAAAUUAAACGAUUUGCCCAAUUCUCCACCAUUAACUCGCAGUAAUAUUUGAACUUGAAGCAAAGCCUUCUGACUUCAGUCCAGUGCUCUUUUCACUUUGCCGUUUUGGAAACAUUGCCAAAGGUCCAAACUCCAUCAAUUAUUAAAAGAUCAGGUUUCCCUAUCAAGUGUAAGCUCCAUUGCUUGAGGCAUGGAGUCAGUUCCACCUGGGAUAAGAUGUCCAUUUAUGUCCACACUUAGAGUUGUACCUUGGACUCUGAUUUUCAGUGGGCACUUAAUUGAUGGUGGUAAUAACUUAUUUUUUUCCAUAAUGCUUUGAAGUUUCCAAAUAAUUUUCAUUACAUUGUUACCGCCAUUUUUCUGAUGAGAAAUCUGAGGCUUAAGGUUAUGAAGUGACCCACCCAUGGUCACAUAGCUAUGGAGUAGGCCAUUUCAGACACCAACCUCAGGGACUUAAGUAUAAAAGGGAAUAUUUCUAGGGAAAAAAAAUAAUUGUUGGCAGCCAGAAAAGUGUGUAAUUGUUUCAGUGACUGGUGGGUCUUAUGUUCUGCCCUGAGCAUACCUUGGGGUCUGGGUUUGAUUUCUGAGCAAAUGUCAUCUGCCUUACUUUGACAUAACCAUUUAUGCUGACACAUCUGUGGCAUCAUGUCACAUCUGAUUUACCGAUACCUCGACAGUUUCCAUUGAGCCAAUUUUGUCUUUAGUGAGAAACAAUGUUCCUUCUAUGAGUCUCUGAUGAAGAGGUGUCUUGGUAUGAUAUAAAGAGUGCUAGACAGAGUCAAGAAGUUGUGGGUUCAAAUCCCCCCUUCAGAACAUUCUGGCUAUGUGACUAUGGGUAAGUUACAUUCCUUUCUGAGGCUGAGUUUUCUCAUCUGUAAAAUGGGUAUAAUAAUAAUAAUACCUCUAGUAUCUACCUCAUAGUGUUGCUGAGAGGCUCAAAAUGGAUAAUGUAUGUAAAAUGUUUUGCAAACCUUAAAGCUGUGUAUCAGAAUUAGCUGUUGCGAUUACUGCUAUUCACUCUCAUUAGCAUAUCACACUGGGUCAGAACAUUGUUCUCUCCGGCAGCACCCCAGUGAACUCAUCAAUUAGGGCAUUCUUUCCAUUGAUGCUGUAGAUGCCUUCCCAGUCUGUGUGACUUUACAUAAGCUCCACAGGGCAUGAUCUGCCUAGUUUUCCCAGGGUCUUUCUUGCCUUUUUGUGGCAUCAAAGAUAACAGUGGAGAAGGAAGGCUAUGCAGAGGCUAGCCUCCCACUCUCUACAUGCCCAUCACACGUUGUUAACUGUAUUUGUAGCUCUGACAACAUAAGAUACGUAAAACUGGAGAUGAAACCCGUGAUGAGAUUUUUGAACCUGACACCCAACAGAAGCAUUGGGAACAAUCUCCUUGCUCGUUGAUACCAUGAACAAUCACUCACAUUCCUGUAACACUUCAGAGUUUACGAGUAUUUCCCUCAUAAAACCCCUUGAGAGUUAAGUGGUGUGAGUAAUAACUAUCCUUGUUUCCCACAUGAGGAAAUUGAGGCUCAGAGAGACCUUAUGCUUGUGAUCAUAAGGCCAGUCAAUGUAAGGGCAAAGACUUGAGCCCAGGUAUCCUUCCUUAAAGCCCAACAUUCUUUCAUGAGAUAAUGGAUUUAGAACUGGAAGAUACCAUAGACACUAUGUAGUGCAGCCUCCUCAUUUUAGAGAGGAAGCAGAUCUAGAAUGAUGAAGUUACUUGCCCAAAUCACGCUGGAAUUAAAUGACAGAAUAGGAAUUUGAACUCAGGUCCUUUGACUUUCCUAUGACAUCACCUCUACCGUACUGCAAUGCCUCUUGCAUAGAUUGGCAACACCACAUUAAUUUCAUGUUAGUCAAUUCCACACUGUUCUCUUCAUUUGCAUUCUCUUAAUCCUUCAACUUUAUUAUAUCAUUUGCCUUGUAAGAUAAUAAUGUGACUGCUUUAUAAUGCUGGGGUGAGAAGGGACAAACUAACUGUGUUAUUUACAUCAAUCCAUCUUUCAUGAAUUGGUCUUGGCUGGGCGUGGGGUACAUAGUGCAGUUUCUGGUAUAUCUAAAUCACUACAAUAAGCCAAUUUAACUGAAAUGAAUCUGUGAUCUCAUGCUUUUGGAAGUCCCACCCUCCUCAGUCAUACAGAUUAUAGCUGCCUCAUCGAGUUGCUCCGGGAUGCCUGCUCAUCCUGGGCUACUCUUGUCUGUGUCCUCUCCAAAGUUCAACACCUUAACACACAGUUUUAUCAUACUUGAGAGAUCCUCCUGCUUGGAUUCAUCCAGAAGGUGCUGUUACCCACCUGACUUGGCUUCAGUUUCUGUUGCCCAAGGCAGCUGCCCUCAGGGAUGCUCUUGCCUCUGAAACAAGGGGUGAAACAUUUGAAGUGAGAACCAAGCUGUUAAAGGACCUUAUAAGGGACAUUCAACUCCAUUCCUUUUUUCCCCAAUACCACAAAACUGAAAAAAAAAUUUCUUCCCACUCCAAGAAUGGGGUCAAGAAUACGUUUUCCAGAACACCUGAUUUUAGAACAGGUCAGAUUUCCUGUUUGGAAACCUAGGUCCCUGGUAAAAAAAGCAAUGCCUAGCAAUGCACUAAUUAUAUAAGAACUAAGAUAAUAUUUUCUAAUGGCAUUACAGUGAAAUCUCUUCCUAUAUCACAAAAGAAUACUGCCCUUGGUCUACUUAAAAAUUAAGGUCUCACACAGCAACGUAUUUGUGGGUGGGAUCUGUGUAUGUUUCUCAUUCUUUUUUUUUUUUACUGAAAACAUGACAAUUAAAAUAUCAAGAAAAUACAUAUAGCAUGUGUGAAAACCAAAGCUUGUGUACUUCCUAUAACUAACCUAAGCCCUUAUGAAAAUGGACAAAAUAAUGAGUUUGCUGUAAACAUUAUGAAUAAUAUCCAAGGGAGGCAAGAAGAGCAGCAUUAAUACAGAAUUGUUAAAGUGCUUAAAUAGAGCAUGCCGUUUGUGUCUUAAGCCCUCCUGGAUUUUAUUCUGGCUUUGGUUUGUGAAACCUCUUCUUCCACAAUUCCAGGAACAUUAGGUGCAGGUAUGUGCUAUAUGACCCAACCUUUUUUUUUUCCCUUGCUUAUUUGCCGCGGACGUAUUUUAACCCUAUAUAGAGAUAUGCAUGAAUGAGUCAUGCAGUUGUAUAAAUUAUAUAUUGCACCAGAUGAUGGUUUAAAAAAAGGAAAAAAAAUGUUCGGUUUGUGUGUUUGAAAUAUAAGUACAUUUUGUGCCACUAACACUGUGAUGUAUAAAAUGAGCUGUUUGAAUGCCUUUUAAUGUUGUGUUUUGUACUUGGAAUCAUAUUGAAAAGUUUAAUUUGUAAUUUCAAUACAUAUUUUAAAUGAU